AUGACAGAGAAUAAUUCAUCACAAAAUGAAGUUAUUCCUAUUGAUAAAUGGAAUUCAGUUGUGGUUAGUAUUAGUGAGCAUAAAGAAAGCCAAUGGAAAGAUUUGAAUCAAAUAGAACGCAUAAAAUAUGUUCUAUUGAUAAUUGGCAAAGUCAUCGGUUUAUUAUUGCUAUUGUAUAUUUUUGUUUGUUCACUUGAUAUAAUGAGUUCAGCUUUUCGACUUGUUGGAGGCAAAAUAACUGGAAAAGCAUUUACAGAAGGUGCUAUUCUUUCGAAUCCAAUUGCUGGUCUUAUGCUUGGAUUAUUAGCUACAGUUGUUGUACAAAGUUCAUCAACAUCAACAUCAAUUGUUGUUUCAAUGGUUUCAUCUUCAAUUCUACCUGUUAGAAAAGCAAUCCCAAUUAUUAUGGGAGCUAAUAUUGGUACAUCUGUAACAAAUACGAUAGUUGCAUUAACACAAUCGGGUCGAAGGGAUGAAUUUCGUCGUGCUUUUGCUGGUGCUACUGUUCAUGAUAUGUUCAAUUGGGCAACAGUUAUUGUUUUACUACCAUUAGAAAUUGCAUCAGGUUUAUUAUAUCAUCUAACGGAAGCAAUUACUCGAACGAUUAGUCUUGAUCGAAAAGCUAGUUCAAAUCCACAAUUUUUAAAUGUACUUACAAAACCAAUAACUCAUCGAAUAAUUCAUUUAGAUGAAAAAGUCAUUCAAAAUAUAGCUCUUGGAUCAAUUGAAUCUGAUGUUUCACUUAUUAAACGUUAUUGUUCAUAUAAGAAUGUAACAGAUGAAAAUGCAACAUCAAUUUUAAUGCCAGACAAACAUUGUGGAUUUAUAUUUUCAAAAAUUUCAUGGCCUGAUUGGGGUGUUGGCCUUCUUCUUCUUGUUUUUUCAUUAAUUGCUCUUUGUACAUGUCUUAUUGUACUUGUUAAACUUCUUCAAUCAAUGCUCAAAGGAACAAUUAGUACAAUCAUACAUAAAACAGUUAAUGCUGACUUUCCUGGUAUUUUUCAUCAUUUAACACCAUAUUUAGCUAUGGGAGUUGGUUGUAUAUUUACAAUACUUGUACAAAGUAGUUCAAUAUUUACAUCUACUUUAACACCACUCGUUGGCCUCGGAAUAAUAACUAUCGAACGAAUGUAUCCAUUUACAUUAGGAUCAAAUAUUGGUACAACAAUUACAGGUAUUAUGGCGGCAUUAACAGCAACAACAGCUCUAGAACUUCGUAAUUCAUUACAAAUUGCUCUAUGUCAUACAUUUUUUAAUGUUUUUGGUAUUAUAAUUUGGUUUCCAAUACCAAUAAUGCGUAAUGUACCAAUAACAUUAGCUAAAAAAUUAGGUGAAACGACAGCUAAUUAUCGAUGGUUUGCUAUUGUUUAUAUAGUAGGAUCAUUUUUUCUUAUUCCAUUAAUAAUUUUUGGCAUUUCUCUUGCUGGAUGGUAUGUGUUUAUUGGUGUAUUUGCCCCAAUGGUAUUGAUUGGUAUAAUUGUUAUUAUUAUUAAUUUUCUUCAGGUACAUUUACCAAAUAUUUUGCCACACCGAUUACAAACAUGGUCAUGGUUACCAAGACCAUUUCGUACAUUAGCUUGGUAUGAUGAACAUGUUUUCCGUAGUAAAAAAAACUUACUAUUUUCUAAUGAGAAUGAACCAAAAGAAUUAGCAACAAUAACCAAUCGAAAUAUUGAAAAUAAUUAUAGUCAUACAAACGCUGUGUUUAAUGAAAAUGACGAUUUUGAUAAAUUAUCUAGAACCAAUACUCAAUUUUAG